AUGACUGCCAGCGUUUCGAAUACGCAGAAUAAACUGAAUGAGCUUCUCGAUGCUAUCAGGCAGGAGUUUGUCCAAGUCUCACAGGAGGCAAAUACCUACCGUUUGCAAAACCAAAAGGAUUACGAUUUCAAAAUGAACCAACAGCUGGCUGAGAUGCAACAAAUAAGAAACACCGUCUACGAACUGGAACUAACCCACAGGAAAAUGAAGGACGCGUAUGAAGAGGAGAUCAAGCACUUGAAACUAGGAUUGGAGCAAAGAGAUCAUCAAAUCGCAUCUUUGACCGUCCAGCAACAACAACAGCAGCAACAGCAGCAACAGGUUCAGCAGCACUUACAACAGCAACAGCAACAGCUAGCUGCUGCCUCUGCAUCUGUUCCAGUUGCGCAACAACCACCGGCUACUGGUUCGGCAACCGCUACUCCAGCAGCAAACACAACUACUGGUUCGCCAUCGGCCUUCCCAGUACAAGCUAGCCGUCCUAAUCUGGUCGGCUCACAAUUGCCUACCACCACUUUGCCCGUAGUGUCCGCAAAUGCCCAACAACAACUACCACAACAGCAACUGCACCAACAGCAACUUCAACAGCAGCAGCCACCUCCUCAGGUUUCCGUGGCGCCAUUGAGCAACUCUGCCAUCAACGGAUCACCUACUUCUAAAGAGACCACUACUUUACCCUCUGUCAAAGCACCUGAAUCUACGUUGAAGGAAACUGAACCGGAAAACAAUAAUAUUUCGAAGAUGAAUGACGCCGGAUCCGCCACCACGGCUAUCACUACUACCGCAACUGAACCUGAAAUCAAACCAAAGGAGGAAGAAGCCGGCCCCGCUAGUUUGCACCAGGAUCACUACUUGGUUCCUUACAAUCAAAGAGCAAACCACUCUAAACCUAUCCCACCUUUCCUUUUGGACCUAGACUCUCAGUCUGUUCCCGAUGCCCUAAAGAAGCAAACUAAUGAUUAUUAUAUCCUAUACAACCCGGCACUACCAAGAGACAUUGACGUUGAACUACAUAAAUCCUUGGAUCAUACCUCAGUUGUUUGCUGCGUGAAGUUCAGUAAUGAUGGUGAAUACUUAGCCACAGGCUGUAACAAAACUACUCAAGUGUAUCGCGUCUCGGAUGGUUCUUUGGUGGCUCGUUUAUCUGACGAUUCUGCUGCCAACAAUCAUCGAAAUUCCGUCACCGAAAAUAACACCACCACGUCCACGGAUAAUAAUACAAUGACAACCACUACCACCACCACAAUCACCACCACGGCGAUGACUACGGCAGCAGAAUUGGCCAAAGACGUGGAAAACCUAAACACUUCGUCUUCCCCAUCAUCCGACUUGUAUAUCCGUUCAGUGUGUUUUUCCCCAGAUGGGAAGUUCCUGGCAACUGGUGCUGAAGACAGAUUGAUUAGAAUUUGGGAUAUUGAAAACAGAAAAAUUGUGAUGAUCCUUCAAGGUCACGAACAAGACAUUUAUUCGUUGGACUACUUCCCUUCAGGUGACAAACUAGUCUCCGGUUCUGGUGACCGUACCGUUCGUAUUUGGGACUUACGUACAGGUCAAUGUUCAUUGACUUUAUCCAUUGAAGAUGGUGUUACCACAGUUGCUGUGUCACCAGGUGAUGGUAAAUACAUUGCUGCUGGUUCCUUAGAUCGCGCUGUGAGAGUUUGGGAUUCUGAGACUGGGUUCUUAGUGGAAAGGCUAGAUUCAGAGAACGAAUCCGGUACGGGUCACAAGGACUCUGUUUAUAGCGUUGUCUUCACUAGAGAUGGACAAAGCGUUGUAUCCGGUUCAUUAGAUAGAUCUGUUAAGCUGUGGAAUUUACAGAAUGCCAACAACAAGAGUGAUUCGAAGACGCCAAAUUCCGGCACCUGUGAAGUUACCUAUAUCGGGCAUAAAGACUUUGUAUUGUCAGUGGCCACCACACAAAAUGAUGAGUACAUCUUGUCCGGUUCCAAAGAUCGUGGCGUCCUGUUCUGGGAUAAGAAAUCCGGCAAUCCGUUAUUGAUGUUGCAAGGUCAUAGAAAUUCAGUUAUAUCUGUGGCUGUGGCAAAUGGGUCCCCGCUGGGUCCAGAAUAUAAUGUUUUUGCUACUGGUAGCGGUGAUUGUAAAGCAAGAAUUUGGAAGUAUAAAAAAAUAGCGCCAAAUUAA